UCUACAAACCUCGGAUCUGCAACUCAGAUCAAUUUGUUCACCAACUCAAAAAAACUCUAUUCAAAGAUCUCUCAAAGGUCAAAUGAACGCUUCAAAGACAUUCAAAGAGUAGAAAAUCUGCUCUCAAAGAAAGUAAGGGAUCUCAAUGUCUACCCUAGAUUUUCUGAUCGCGAAGAACACGACUGAGUAUAGAGAAAAAGAUGACAGAUGAUAGGCUUCAGCUUACAAGCUCCAGUUUCAUCCGAUAAGGCGCUGACGAACUUUCGUUCCCUCACACGAAACAUCCACGGUCUCUGUUUACAACCAAAGCUUAAAGGCCCAAUAAAAUCCUUACAGUUCUCUGCCAGAUUCAGGGAAUUGAAGCAACGAUUCAUCUUGAUUCCGCUACUCCAAAAUGUGCACUAUUGAGAAACGCAGCAGAGUGUUCGUCCUCACUCUCACCGGCGACGGCGAGCCCCGCCUUUCCCCCGACUUCAUUGAUGCGAUACGAUCCGCCCUUGCCUACGCCAAGACCGAUUACUACUCAUGCGGCAGGCGAGGCCGAGCCUUGGUCAUCACCUCCGAUGGACGCUUCUUCUCCAAUGGCUUCGAGAUUGCCUGGUCCAAAGCAGCAACCUCCCCUGCUGCCUCCCAGGAACGGCUCAUCUCCAUGGGCUCCCUUUUCAUCAAUCUCAUUGCCGACCUUCUCGCUCUUCCUAUGCCGACCAUAGCCGCCAUCAACGGUCACGCAGCAGCCGCCCGAUUCUCCUGGCUAUCAGCCACGAUUACGUUGUCAAAAGUUUCUGAUGCGAAGGUUGUCCGCGACAUAGUGUUGCGAGGAGCGAAGAUGAAGGCUGCGGAAGCGCAGGCGAAGGGGAUUAUUGACGGAUCACAUAUUGGAGCAGCGGAGACGGUGGAGGCUGCGGUGCGGCGUGCAGAUAAGCUCUUAGAAAGGGAUUGGAAUGGAGAUGUGUAUGCUUCGAUUCGUCGGAGUUCAUUGCCGGAGAUUUGCAAGGCCGUGGGGCAGUCAGAAGAGACUGAAAAUGAGCGGCAGAAGUUGCUUUUUGUGGCCGCGGUGCGGCGUGCAGAUAAGCUCUUAGAAAGGGAUUGGAAUGAUGUGUAUGCUUCGAUUCGUCGGAGUUCAUUGCCGGAGAUUUGCAAGGCCGUGGAGCAGUCAGAAGAGACUGAAAAUGAGCGGCAGAAGUUGCUUUUUGCGGUUAAUUCAAGGCCGGAGGCUGCGGUGCGGCGUGCAGAUAAGCUCUUAGAAAGGGAUUGGAAUGAUGUGUAUGCUUCGAUUCGUCGGAGUUCAUUGCCGGAGAUUUGCAAGGCCGUGGGGCAGUCAGAAGAGACUGAAAAUGAGCGGCAGAAGUUGCUUUUUGUGGCCGCGGUGCGGCGUGCAGAUAAGCUCUUAGAAAGGGAUUGGAAUGAUGUGUAUGCUUCGAUUCGUCGGAGUUCAUUGCCGGAGAUUUGCAAGGCCGUGGAGCAGUCAGAAGAGACUGAAAAUGAGCGGCAGAAGUUGCUUUUUGCGAGUCUCUUUGAGACCAUAGCCGCCAUCAACGGUCACGCAGCAGCCGCGAUUCUCCUGGCUAUCAGCCACGAUUACGUUGAGAUGAGGGCGGACAGGGGAUUCAUUUAUAUGAGCGAGAUCCAUAUAGGGAUGCCAAUUUCGCCUUACUUCCUAACAUUGAUCAGGUCAAAAGUUUCUGAUGCGAAGGUUGUCCGCGACAUAGUGUUGCGAGGAGCGAAGAUGAAGGCUGCGGAAGCGCAGGCGAAGGGGAUUAUAGACGGAUCACAUAUUGGAGCAGCGGAGACGGUGGAGGCUGCGGUGCGGCGUGCAGAUAAGCUCUUAGAAAGGGAUUGGAAUGGAGAUGUGUAUGCUUCGAUUCGUCGGAGUUCAUUGCCGGAGAUUUGCAAGGCCGUGGGGCAGUCAGAAGAGACUGAAAAUGAGCGGCAGAAGUUGCUUUUUGUGGUUGCUAAGCUCUAAUGAGUUCUGCUUUCCUCAUAAACAUAGGUUAAUUCAAGGCCGCGGUGCGGCGUGCAGAUAAGCUCUUAGAAAGGGAUUGGAAUGGAGAUGUGUAUGCUUCGAUUCGUCGGAGUUCAUUGCCGGAGAUUUGCAAGGCCGUGGGGCAGUCAGAAGAGACUGAAAAUGAGCGGCAGAAGUUGCUUUUUGCGGUUGCUAAGCUCUAA